AUGUCACCUAGAUGUUGUCUUAAAGUAGACAUCAAAAAGGCCUAUGAUUCAGUGGAGUGGCCUUUCUUGAGUAGUAUGCUGGAGGAACUGGGCUUUCCUAGCAAUUUUAAUGGCUGGAUAAUGGCUUGUGUGCAAAGUAGCAGAUUACUAAGAUCUGUAAUGCUUUUGAGUAGCCCUGAAAAGAGUAAUAUAUAUUUGGCUGGAGUAACUCAAGAGGAAGCAACAAACCUUGUAGAGGCCAACAAUAUGAAUUUUGGCACUCUUCUUUUUAGGUAUCUAGGGAUACCUCUAAGUGCAAAGAAAGUCACGUACUCUCAGUGCAAACCUUUAAUCGAGAGAAUCACAUCUCGAGCUCAGGGUUGGAUUGUCAAAUUACUCUCUUAUGUAGGAAGACUUCAAUUGGUGAGGAGUAUCCUUAGUAGUAUGCAAAACUAUUGGGGGCAUAUCUUUCCCUUACCAAAGAAGAUGAUCAAGGUUGUUGAAGCUAUUUGCAGAAGACUUUUAUGGACAUGUAAUACUAUUGACUCAAAAAAAGCUCCUAUAGCUUGCAGCAAAUUCUAUGAGCCUAAAUCAUGUGGAGGCUGGAACUUGAUCAACAUGGCACUAUGGAACAAAGUAGCUAUGCUCAAGCUCUUAUGGGCAAUUGCUUUCAAAACAGAUAAGAUGUGGGUUAAAUGGGUUCAUGCUUAUUAUAUUAAAAGAUUAACCUACUCUACUGUGAAUGUCACUGCCAAGUCUUCUUGGUUGCUAAGGAAUCAUUGA